UUCAUAGUAGCGUGAAAACAGUUGACUCGCUGCCCUAGCCGCGAUCGCGUCGCUGUCGCAUUCCAAUCAGCUCGGCAAACAACCAAAGAGAAUAGCAAAAGUGCUUUAAUUUUGCAUUUAAUUAAUCGUAACUGUAAUUAUUACGAAAUGGAUCGUCAAAAUUUGGCUAGCCUUAUUAGCCCGUACAGAUCUCGUCCCUGGAUGAUUAAUAAUGGGGCCGCAGCGGCAGGCGGUGGUGGCAGCAAGGGAGUCAAGGGUAUCAUUGCCGGAGGUAUUACCGGAGGCAUUGAGAUCUGCAUAACAUAUCCCACCGAAUACGUGAAGACACAGCUGCAGCUGGACGAGAAGGGGGUCAAUAAGAAGUACAAUGGUAUUGCCGAUUGUGUGAAGAAAACUGUGGCUACCAAUGGUUUCUUUGGUCUAUACCGUGGUCUCAGCGUGCUCCUCUACGGCAGCAUACCAAAGUCGGCAACCAGAUUUGGUGCCUUCGAGUUUAUGCGAUCGCAUAUCAGUGACUCCAAGGGUCAACUGAGCGCUGGUGGAAAACUGCUUUGUGGCCUGGGCGCUGGUGUCUGUGAGGCUAUCUUGGCGGUGACCCCCAUGGAAACUAUUAAAGUGAAGUUUAUCAACGAUCAACGCAGCGCGAGUCCCAAGUUCAAGGGCUUUGCUCAUGGUGUUGGCCAAAUUGUCAAGGCGGAGGGCAUCAGUGGCAUCUACAAGGGACUCACACCGACCAUACUGAAGCAGGGAUCCAAUCAAGCCAUACGUUUCUUUGUUGUUGAAUCGCUAAAGGAUAUGUACAAGGGCGAUGAUAUCAACAAGCCUGUACCCAAGUUGAUGGUGGGCGUGUUCGGUGCCAUUGCUGGAGCUGCCUCAGUAUUUGGCAACACGCCGUUGGAUGUGAUUAAGACGCGUAUGCAGGGCCUGGAAGCAGCCAAGUACAAGAAUACGGCGGAUUGUGCGGUAAAAAUUCUUAAGAACGAGGGAUUCCCCGCUUUCUACAAGGGCACCGUUCCUAGAUUAGGUCGUGUCUGUCUGGAUGUGGCGAUAACAUUCAUGAUCUACGAUUCAUUUAUGGACCUGUUUAACAAGGUCUGGAAGGAUUAGGCUAAUGCUUAGUGUUACAUACCGCUGUGCAUGUUAUUUUGACCCAAUUUGACCUAGUCAACUGUUGAUAUAGUUGAUAAUACGAGUACAUAACACAUACACGGACACACACUGCAGACAUAUUCCAUGAUAGCAUUUUUGAAUUACGUUUAUUGCGUAUGACAAAUUCUAAGUAUGUAGUUGAACAUUUAGAGUCGAUUUAUGUAUAGUCUUUUAAUGUUUUAAAUUUGAGUCAAGUGUAAUUAAAAUCAAUAAAUGAUUAUAAUCUGUUUAA